AUGCAGCGCCCCUCAUCACGUGCUCCUCCGUCCCAUGCGCCUAUUGGUCGCUUUGCUACUAAAUCAACACGCACAUCUUCUACUUCUGCAUCUCACGGGCGGUGGCGCACCCGUGGAUGGCUGCUCUUUUACGUCGUCCUGGGGCUCUACGCAGCUGCAAUGCUCUGCUCUUUCUUGACGUCCCCGUGGUCCGAAGCUCCUCUCGUCCUAAAUCUCCGAGAGAUGAAGGAGAACGAGGCUCCUGCACAGCCUCUUCAUCUCUUCCACCAGAAUGGGCCAAUGGCAGGUUCCGUCAGCGUGGCGCCGAUUGCAGAGAACGUGGAUGAGCUAGAAGGAGGGACUGGGAGCAAUGAGCUCGUACCGGAGCAAAACGAAAGAUCUGGAAAAGUGUUGACCACGCGCGAGACGGAAAAAGAUGUGGGCGCUUCGUCGAACAGUCUUGAGGAGGCGCUGGGUUCUAGAGGGAUGACAGACCUUUCUGCUAGUGCUGCGCCUUCAGUGUUAGCCCCAACAGCACCAUUUGUUUCCUUGAACUCGGUCGGUGUACAAGUUUACGGAACAUUAAACGCUUGGUCGAUUCCGCCACGGCAGAACGACGAGAGUAUGCUAUUGAACAAGAACGAAGAAGCUGACAAAGAAGCAUGGAAGGUCGAGGAUUUUGUCGGGAACGAAGCUACAGAGACACCCAAGAUGUCGCUGCCAAUCGACGAGUCCAGACCAUCUGUGCGGCGCUCACAGGAAUUUACUGAUGCUUUAAACCUUGUCUAUUCGCUUGAGUUGAGUGCGGCCGGUCCUGGUACAGGUGCCAAAAACGCCGCACUUGUUACCGGAUUACGUGAUGGUGUAUCAGAUCGCGAUCUGUGGAAGAUUGAGGAUUACGAGCAUCAAAUUAGUCGCUUAGAAGGGAUUAAGCGGGAAGCCAAUGAAGAGUCUGAGCGUCUAAAGGAACUUGUCAGUGCAACAGACGAGCUCAUUCUGGAAGAAAGAUAUAGCUUGGAAGACGUUCGAGCGGCCAAUACAGUUGAUUUACGCUUCCAUGAACCGCGCCGGAUCCGGAAUAAUUUGAAAUGUAUAGGAUGGCGCCAAACUGGACAAUGUAGCCCGUACGGCAAACGUGAACCAAGCUCUGACAGUGAAUGCAAGCGACUUGUCCAUGCUGGUGUUUCUGGAUAUUGUGAGGUGAUGGACGAAGAUACCGGCGAAUCUUUCCGCGUCAUGCAACUCAACUGUUCCAGUUUGCUUGACCGUGUUGUGUUUUCAUGUGCAGAUGCUACCGAUUUUGCUAAUUUUGGACUCAUGGCUCAGAAUGUUUACGAGAAUGCUUUGGCUCAAAAUACAUCGGACCCACCGAAGCUUUUGGGAAACAGUGGCACCGGCGAUGGCAUCGUCAUUGUGGUGUACCCGAAACUUGUGGCUAGUGUAUUUGCAUCGGUCAGCGUCUUACGAUCGUAUAACUGCACACUGCCAAUUGAGCUAUGGAUUUCGCAAUCUGAAGUGACGCGCACUCCGAGCAUGGGAGCAGCUUUGAAAGUUUUGCAGCAGCAAUUUUUGGAUGUGAGCGUGGAAACCAUCGUUGACCCGACAAUUAUGAAGUUUUCCACUAAAAUUUACGCCAUGCAACACAGCAAGUUCGAGAAUGUAUUGUUUCUUGACGCGGACAGCGUUCCCGUGCGUGACCCGACGUUCCUGUUCCGUAGUCAAGAAUAUCGCAAGCAUGGUGCUAUCUUUUGGCCGGACUUCUGGCAUCCGGACAAUACCGUGUUCGGCAUUCACCGCGAGUCUCUGUUGUGGGAGCUUGUCGAUCUUCCCUUCGUUGACAUGUUUGAGCAAGAGAGUGGGCAAAUACUCAUCAAUCGGAAGCGGGCUGCGCUCGCACUGGAGGUGCUUAUGUUCUUUGCGUCACAUCUCCCCAACUACUUCAACCGACUUUUACUGGCUCACGGCGACAAGGAUCUCUUUCGACUGGCCUGGAUGAAAGCACAUGCGUCCUUUUACAUGAUGCCAUUCCCACCUGCUUCGGCAGGCCCUGUGUGGGGAACGAACUCGGAAAUCUUUUGUGGCAUGACUAUGGUCCAGUUUGACGUCGAUGGCGAUGUUCUGUUUCUUCACCGCAACGCCAAGAAACUUGGCAGUACGGCUGAUCAUCACGACUCGCCGUUCUGGACCCAUCUGCAGACGUUCAAGUGGGAGCGACCGUUAGCAGUGGACGACGAUGAAGACACUGUGACUACAUCGAAUCGGACGGCAGUGCAGCGCUUGCGAAGUCACGAGGAUAUGAAGCAGAUGUAUCGUAUUGCCAUCGUUGGGACAGACAAUCAUUUCGAGGGGCUUGAAGCUUGCUACGGCGCAACUGUCGACACUAAGGAAAACUUUGAACUCACGAAGUUUGAAGACUUACCAUUCGCUAAUCUAGAGCAGGAGCUAAUCAACUACGCGCACGGGGCUCAACUCCUGAUGGGUCAGACGUAG